AUGCCACAAAUAACGAAUGUUACAUUACACAGUUUCAGCAGUGAAGAUCCUAAUUUCCCGGCAAAAAAUUUGAUAGAAACAAAAAUCACAAAGAAGUGGAAAUGCGAGAAGGCAGGUGAAAAGUCAGUCUUCGUGAUCCUUAAACUUGAUAAGCCUUAUAAAUUUACACAAAUAGACAUAGGAAAUGAAUUUACAGGAGUUAUUGAGAUAUUAGUAGGAAAUUCAAUGUUAGUGCCUCCAAAAUUCGAAGAAAUCAUCUUAGCCACAAGUCUAAUGACUAUUUUUGAUGCUAAGAAUGAGAGAAAUCCAAAUGGAGUAAGAAUGUUUGGACGAGAUCUGUUUAAUCCAGCUGUUGCUGAUAUACAAUGGGAUCUUGUUAAAAUAAUUUGCAGUCAGCCGUUCAAUAAUCACAGACAGUAUGGCUUGUCAUUCAUUAAUCUUCACACAAAUGAGGAAGUAACACCAAAUGAUGAUGAUGAUUCACCAAUAAAGUCAAAGAUUCCAAAGAUCCAGUUGCCGUCACAAGAAAAGACACCAAAAGUAGCUCCAAAAGCUACAACAAAAAUUGGCAAGUUUAGAUUCCGAGACUCAAAUUCCGACGAUGAAGAAGAAACGUCACCUUUUGCACAGUGGAAAAAUAAGAAAGAUAAUCCACACUCAACAAACUCAAGAGUAACGCCAAAAUCCGACACAAAAUUCUCGAUUAAAGAGCAAUUAAAGGCAAAACUUGAGUCAGAAAGUAAACGUAGAAAGGUUGACGACGAUGAUGUUAAAACAGCCAAAGUAAAACAAGACCGUAAUCGAUCGAAAGGUUUAUUUUAUGAUAGCAGUGACGAUGAACCGAACGAGAAACUUCAAAAGAAAAUCGAAAAAGAUAAAGAACUGAAAAGUUCCACUCAAAAACAUCCAGUGAGGCCUACCCCAACAAAAUCAUCACCAUCUACAUCCAAAUUUUCUUCAUUCCUUAAUGAUGAUGAUGAAAGAAAAAGAUCUUCGGUAUCAAGUCCUCAAAGAAAUAAAUUAAAAGAUGAAGACAGUUCAACGCAAAAGAAAACCAAUAAGGAAAUUAAAUAUAGACCUUUUAAUAAGCUCAUGGAAGGCGUUACUUUUGUAAUUAGUGGUUAUCAAAAUCCAGAACGUGGCAUAAUUCGUCAAAAGGCGUUAGAUAUGGGUGCGAAAUACAAAGCUGAUUGGGAUGAUACCUGUACUCAUUUAAUUUGUGCCUACAGCAACACUCCAAAAUACAAUCAAGUGAGAGGAAAAGGCAAAAUAAUUCCGAAGAAAUGGAUUGAAAAUUGCUUCAUUGAGCAGAAAAUGAUUCCAUGGAGACGAUUUGCAUUGGAUAGUACCGAAAAGAACAAGUCAGAAAGUGAAGAUGAAAUUCUUUGUGACUGGCACAAACCAAAGUCAUCAACAGAGUCAAAAGUGGAGAAAAUGGAGCAAUCGGAUGAUUCUGAUGGCGAUAUGUUGAUUGUAGACUGUCGUGGACAGAAGAAUGACGCUAAAAUUAUAAUUGAUUCCGAUUCUGAAAGUGACAUGGCAAUUGUUGACAAAACAAACAAAAAUAAUAAUAUUAAGGAUGAUAAAAUGGACAGCAAACAAGACAAUGAUGAUGACAAUAAAAAUCGAUUUGAGGAUGAGCAGCAACAACAACAAAAGCCAGAAAGCAUCGAUGAGAGGAACAACAAUAAGAAAGAAAUGGAAACCGAUGUCUAUUCAGAGGACGAUAGUGUCAGUUCCAUUGAUAUUACAACUGUUGAAUGUCAAGCAUUUAAAGAUAAAAUAUUCUAUUUAAAUCAGGAUCUGUCAGCUACAGACACAAUCAAAUUGAGAGAUAAUAUUAAGCACAUGCUGGGUAUUGUGACGAAAAAUCCACAGAAGGCACACUACAUCAUAUCGAAGCAAGGCAAGAAGUUACCAACUAAUUUUAAAGCUGAAGUUGUUAAGGAAAUUUGGAUACGCGAAUGUUUUGAUCUACAAGCUUUCAUUCCUACAACACGAUACAAAAUCUAA